AUGAAGAUGGAAAAAGAAAAAGCAAGGGCAUUGAGGAAGGAAAAAGAGUUAAACAAUGCUAGAAAGGGUUUCAAUAAAUACAAUCUUGAUGAGAAAUAUAGGUUCUUGCACGACAUGGUUUCGGAUUUCUUUGUGGAGCUUUUGAAGUCUGAUUUGGAGAAAUUGAGUUCUGGAAACCUUAGUAAAAUUAGUUUGGCUGCAAAGUGGUGUCCAUCCGUUGAUUCUUCCUAUGAUAAGGCUACUUUGAUUUGUGAAAGUGUAGCUCGGAAAAUGUUUCCCAAGGAAAAUCAUCCAGAAUAUGACGGAAUUGAGGAGGCUCAUUAUGUUUAUAGGGUGAGAGACAGGCUCAGAAAAGAUGUGCUGGUACCUUUGCACAAGGCGUUGGAGUUGCCGGAGGUAUUCAUGAGUGCAAAAGAAUGGAAUGUUCUUCCGUACAAUAGGGUCGCCUCUGUGGCAAUGAAGAACUACAAGGAAUUGUUCUUGAAGCAUGAUAGUGAGAGGUUUAUGGAGUAUCUUGAGAAAGUGAAGAGGGGGGAUGCGAAGAUUGCUGCUGGGGCAUUGCUUCCUCAUGAGAUUAUUGGGGAGUUGGAUGAUGAGCAGAGUGGUGAAGUUGCAGAGCUUCAGUGGAAAAGAAUGGUAGAUGACUUGUUAAAGAAGGGAAAAUUGAGCUUCAAGAUGUUAAGGGUGAAACUCUUAAGGCCAAGACACAAUUUGUGA